CAAAAUUUUUAUAUAUGGACUGUCAAUCAGUCAGUCUAUUUUUUUUAACUUUUUAGUUCGCGAAAUAAAAAAGUAACAAAAAUGGAUAAAUCUUAUUAUUCUAAAAUUCCUGAAUUCGAAGAGAAAACUUCUUCGUAUUCAGUGAUAAGCAACACAAACCUCACAGAUGUCCAGGAUAUUCAAAGCAAAGAAGAGUCCAAACAACCAGAAGUACCUCGAUAUGAAUGGAAAGUUAUCACAGACGAAUUUUUUGAAGCGGUUCAAGAACUUUCGCUGGGUGAACUCAUGCACAACGAAAUGUUUGGCUUAUUCGAAGCUAUGUCUGCAAUCGAAAUGAUGGAUCCGAAAAUGGAUGCGGGCAUGUGCUGUAACAAAAACACAGAACCACCACUAACAUUUGAAACCGCUGUGAGCACAAAUCAACUGAAACUAUCGAAUUUCGAAAAGAGUGAACUAAUUGGAAUUAUGGAUGGCGUGUACUCGUGUCUUGUGUCGUGGCUUGAAGGUCAUUCUUUGGCCCAAACAUUGUUUAUUUGUCUGUACCUUCACCAACCAUAUCAAAUUGAAGACAAAUCGUUAAAAGCGUUCUGCUGUGCUAUUCACAAACUCGCACAGAUCAUUCGGAAGUUCAUUCUUUAUGCUGUUGUGUACGAAGAGGAAGACUUUGAAAUUCGUGACUAUGAAUACACGUUGGAACCGGAUAUGUCGAAUUCCAAGUCUUGUUUCAUGUUAAAGGAGGCCGAGGAUGACUUAACCAAGAAAAUAAAAUCGGGCCAAGAUACUUCGGAAGAGACACAAGCAAUUGUCAAUCGUCUUAAGUUUUUGCGCCUGGUGUUGCAAGCAUUAGUUGCUAUUUGGCCGGACAAAAAUCUAUCGCCGACACAAAUCGAAAUGACCGAAAUUCAGAAACUUUUGUCUGGUGCUGUGGAUGUGAUGCCAGGAAUAAAGAAAACUAUUUCACUCGGAACACAACCGAACGACGAUUCACCGAAUGCGAUGGGAUUUUCGCUGAUGGUUAACCAACGGAUGUUACCACCGACGUUUCCACGAUAUACCAAAAUCAAAGAUAGACUCCCCGCAAUGAACUUUCUCGAAGAAUUCGUUCAACGAACCAAAGUUGCCUGCAAAAUUAUUCAUUUUCCCGUUUAUCAGAAUGCUCUGAACUUUUUCAUGGACUUCAGUCGAAAGAACGGGCCGUGUCUCCUAUCUCGUAGCAUACUGCAGUGCUUGUAUUUUCCUAAACCGUGCAAUAGAUUCGGAUUGACACCGAUCUCGGAGGUUUUAAAAGAAUCGGCUCGUUUGUUUAGUGGAUCACCCGCGCUUGUAUCAAAGAGUCAAUUACUGACCAAUCCAGAGGUGGCUAAGUGCAUCGAUACCUUUUUCACAUAUUGUGGAAAUGUCUACAACGCUUUCGGAAUGUUUAUUCAGAUAUGUGGCUUUAACAAAGCGCGUCAACGGGAUAAAUUAGCCCGCUUAUUGGAUGAAUUUGGUGUUCUAGUCGAUGAGGCUGAACGGGUUGAUGCUUUUCUGCACUCAAAGACAAGCGACUCGAAAAAAGAACCGUUAUCGUACUUUAGCACCUGGGUUUUGUACCACAGCUUACGUGCCAUGUCAAUGUAUCUGCUUUCUGGCUUCGAGCUAGAACUGUACAGUAUUCAUGAGUACAUCUACAUCUAUUGGUAUCUCUCUCAGUUUCUCUACAAUUGGAUCGUAUCGACCCUAAAUCGAGCUGAAUGCUUGAUGGAACACUCCAAAAAUGCCAUAAAGCAACAGAAGAAAGCAAAGCCAAAUAAGAAGAAAACAGCCAGUCCGAACUACCGAGAGCUAGUGCUCAAUCAGUCGUUAAGCAACAUGUUUAACGGGUAUUUUAAGGCAUUGGCUGGUUUCACGAAAGAAGACCGUAUACCUCAACCGUUACCAGUUUUUGACAAAGAGAAAAUUCGCUUUGACCACCGUUUCGCUCCAUUCGCUGGUUUGCUCAAUUUGCCCCAGAUCACGUACACGGAAUUCAACAAUAUGAGAACGUUCUUCAUGAUGAAACAUCAAUCCACCGAACUGUACUUGGAAGCUGGAAAACAUUUUCACAGUGCGAGAAUUAUGCUGGAAUCGAUACCGAAUCCUGACUUUGAGAUACUUGAUAUCAUUAAAGUGGCAAAGACGAAUUUUGUAGUGAUGAACCUGCUGGCAAAAGGUCACAAGAAAGACUCAAAAACACCGCCGAGUUUCGAUUUUUCAUUGCACAAAUAUUUUCCUAUUAUAAAGCAUAAUUAAAUAAAGGAAAUUUUUAGUACCAAAAA